GUGAGCCUGGCACACAUACAUACUUAAAAGUAAUAAGUAAUUAUCUAUAGCUCCUUCGGUGAAUAAGUAGAUCAAGUGUGAAUAAAUAAGUACUCGUAGAAAAAUGGUGGCAUUUUUAUUGGCGUUUAUUCUGAUCACAGUCCUGGUAGGAUUGGUGAUCUAUGCUCGCUGGAACUAUGGCACCCUUGAAAAACUAGGGAUUCCAAUGGUUGGCAAGCCCUUCUUAAUUUUUGGGAACACCAUUGACGCCUACAGCAAGGUCGUUGGAACUUUGGACAUUGAACGGUUCAAUAAAUUCGGACCCAUUUACGGAGUUUAUGAAGGGAGACAACCUCAAAUUCACAUUUGCGACGCCGAACUGAUUCGACUUGUGACCACGAAGGAUGCAGAAUAUUUCAAUGAUAAAAGACGCAUGGACUUUCGAGACCCAUUGCUCAAUGAAAUGCCAGAUUUUCUAACAUAUGAAAAAUGGAAGGCAGUUCGCACCUUUCUUACACCUGCGUUCUCAUCAGCAAAACUCAGACUGAUGACGGAAUCCGUAGUGGUCACGUUGCAAGGAUUUUGUGACAAUUUAAAGUCUGGAGUUGUAAGUAGUCCGGGACAGAAAAUGGAAAAGUUCAAUUUACACGGCGAGUAUUUUUCCAUGUUAAUUGAGUUGAUUUCGCGAUGUUUCUUCUCUAUUCAAAUCGAAAACCCGAGUGAUCCUCAAAAUGUCUUUAUGAGUAUUGUGCGAGGUUUCUUAAAUCCAGAAAAUACGGGUUAUCCAAAGUUAGAAGUAUUGAUAUACUCAUUUCCACUCUUGCAAAAGAUAGCACCUGGAAUGUUUAACGUUAAGCUGUCGAAUGACUUGGGGGCAAUAUUCUUGGAAAUGAUGAAUACAAGAAAGAAAAGCGGCGAAAAUAAGCGGGAUGUUAUCGACCUUUGUUUGGAACAAAUGGGCAAGUUAGACACUCCAGAGUAUAAGCGGCUGAACAUUACUGAACGCACCAUAGUCUGCCAAGCUCUCGUAUUUUUCCUUGCUGGACAAGACCAAUUAAGUUCAAUAUCUGCGUGCAUGAUUAACAACAUUUUAAAAAAUCCGGACGUGGAAGCCAAAGUCUACCAAGAAUUGGACCAAUUCCUCGAGAAGCACAAGGGAAAAAUUGAAUAUGCAAAUAUUUCCGAGCUGCAGUACCUCUUCGCCUGUAUUACUGAAACGGUUCGCCUUGUCCCAUUUUUUAGCAGAACGGAACGAGUUUGUACGAAAGACUGGGAAAAUGAGGAGUUUGGUCUUAAAAUUAAGAAAGGGAUGACCAUGAUUAUUCCCAUUUGGGCGGCAAAUCGAAACCCCAAGUAUUUUCCGAACCCGGAGAAGUUCGAUCCGGAACGAUUUAUGCCAGAAAAUAAGGGUAAAUUGCACCCUUAUGCCUUGACAUCGUUUGGGCAUGGGCCAAGAAAUUGUAUAGGACAGCGAUUCUCAAACGACACCAUGGUCCUCCUGUCCGCUUUUGUUUUAAAGCAGUUCAAAUUUCAUUUGAGGAAUGACUCCGAGCCGGUGUAUAUCCCCGCUGGACCUUUGGUUUCACCUCAUUUACCAUUUAAUUUUGAUGUGACGCUACGUUAAAGAAAUAAUUAACAUGGACACAAUUUGUAAGUUAAGUCUUAAUCGAUAUCUUUGUUUGAGAAAGUUUGUUAUUUAAACCGAGCCUGGAUUGGCAUUAUUGUUUUCUGUGCAUAUUAUUAUUAACUGCUAAUUUCUGUAAAUUUACUCUCCUAAUGAAGGGUCGUACAUUUUCUGAAAAACUUGAAUGUGAUCAACAUUAAAAAAUGACUUCGUUCC